UAAAAACAUACCCGAACGCAGCCAUGUUGUUUGCAUGUGACAAAUACAAUUUGAUUAGGUGUAUGGAAGAAGUCGGAGCUCAAGGGUGUAAACGAGUUUCCCUCAAGUAAUUACGAGUUGGAGAGGCGUUCAAGUGGAUUUUCCAGUCAUAUGCUCGUAUUUACAAGAUGCUAUGAACGCAGCAUCGUCUCGCGCAUGUGGAUUGAAACAUCCCUCAGACGAUAAAGCUGAUAGGUCGGGAUGGAAAUUUUGCGACCCCCCACUCAGCUAACUCUUCGUAAUGACAUUGCUUUGUAAACACAUUUACAAUCUGUUAUUUUCGUUGAUGCAGCGCGUGAAAUAUCCGUAGGAAGCUAAAUUAGAUGGGUGCGGUGUUCAAGUAAGAGCACGCAUCAACAGGACUAGUGAAAAGCUGUAAAACCGGAUGGAAUUUACUGUCAGUUCGUGAAUGUUUUAAUCGUGUGAAAGCCUGCCCAUUUCGUUGCUACCAGUCAAGCGAGAGGUAGCCGACAAUGUGGAAGACGAGGGGCCCUAAAAAGCAAAUCCCGUUAGGUGGAAACAGCUAUGAAACCAACCCGUAACACCUGGGGACAAGAUGAGCAGUUGACUUGACGUUUUGCCUUACCCGAAACGAUAAAUAACAGUUAACUUUGACUCUCGCAACCCUCGAGAAGCGUAUUCGAAGAAUCCGAGAUAAUGGUGGCUCUCUCAUCGGUUUUAACGCCCCUUGCUCGGCAGCUGCACAGACAUCUCAUCAAGCAAACUAAAGGGCAACGUUUGAUACCUGUGAGAAGAUGCAACCUCACCGCAUGUUCAAGCAAAUAUGUGCUUUCUGCCUUGCAUCCAAUGUGGCAGGGACCACUCGUUGCUCCAGGGGGUAACAGACAAUCUCCUAUCGAUAUUCGGGUGCGUAAGAGCGUUUUUGAUCCGCACCUUAAGCCGCUGACCCCGGAUUACGACCCCGGGACGUGCUCACAGAUAUGGAACAACGGGUACUCAUUCCUGGUUGAGUACGACGACACCACCGACAAAUCCAUACUUAAAGGGGGUCCUCUGGAAGAUAACUUCCGGCUGUGUCAGUUCCACUUCCAUUGGGGGGAGAGCAACGCGUGGGGUUCCGAGCAUACCGUGGACCGCCGCCUCUUCCCUGCUGAGCUCCACAUGGUCCACUGGAACUCUAAUAAGUACAGGCGGUUUGAGGAAGCUGUGAUGGAGGAGAAUGGACUGGCUGUUAUCGGAGUCUUCCUCAAGAUAGGGAAGAGACACGAGGGACUGCAGAAACUAGUGGAUGCCCUACCUGCUGUCAGACACAAGGACAGUGUUGUUGAGUUCACUAGGUUUGACCCAGCCUGCCUACUGCCUGCUAACAUUGACGAUUACUGGACGUAUGCAGGGUCACUUACCACUCCUCCUCUGACUGAGGCAGUGACCUGGAUUAUCAUGAAGCAGCACAUCGAAGUCAGCCAUGACCAGCUGGCAGUGUUCCGGAGCCUUCUCUUCACCUCGGCAGAGGAGGAGGUGCAGAAGAGCAUGGUCAACAACUUCCGCGUGCAGCAGCCCCUGAGGGGCCGCACUGUGCGGUCCUCGUUCACCCCCUUCCUGCAGCAGGAGCCACCUGCAAAAGGUCCACACACAGGCCACUGACCGGAGCCUAGGCCUGGGCAGGCAAUAAGGACCUGGUUCCAGGACCCAUAACCCCACACCAGACCUAGUCGGCACCUUUGAAGACAAAACAGAGAAUGGAGCCAGGGUGUGGAUAUUUAGAUAUGUUAGGAAACAUGGUUUGAGUUUUAUCUCAACCUGAUUCAAACAGACCCUCAUCUGUUUAUUAUAGUUGGCCACUGGAUAUAAAAAUGGGAUAAGAGUUGUCUCCCAAAAGGCUGCAGGUUCCCCAUUGUGUGGGAGAGUUUGAGAACCUGCUUUAUGAACUGUGUAUAACAAAUGGGGGAAUUAAAUGAACAUUCGAUUAGAGUGAAUAUUUUCGUGACCACAUAGCUAUCAACUCUGCAUUCAGAGCAUGAGAAUCCACCCACUGAAGCUAGGACAGCAGAGUCCGUUCCCAUCUUCCGAAAACAACUGAAACCCUACCUCGUCAAAGAGCAUCUUAAAGACAUCUCAGUUUUAUCCGCCUAAAUGCGGAAGACACAUUUCAAUUGAAUAGAUUUAGUUGGACAUCUGACUAGGUAUCCCCCCUUUCCCUUUAAAAGGCGUACACUUGUCUUUUCCUAUUAGCACUGAAUCUGCUCUAUAACUUCUGUAUUGAGGAACAAUGUACUGUGACUGUGAUGUGGUUGUCUCACCUAGCUAUCUUCAGUUUAAUGCACUUACUGUAAAUCGCUUUUGAUAAAGGUGUCUACUAAAUUACUAAAAUGUAAAUGUAAAAUGUCAUUCUUAUGAAGGCCUGUGGACCUCUUCUUCUGACCAUACACUUCAAGAUGAAGUGGUGGUUAGAAAAGGUCUAAUUAAAGAUCAUUUCUUCUUCUCUUGGUUUUGUUCGUUGUU